AUGCGUCUACUCCGUGAAUGGCUUGGAGAUUGUGAGCUGCACCAUGGCGAGUGUAGGCAAGGUACACUUUCGGGUAAUAUGUAUGAUGACAGCUCUCCUUCUACGACUCUCCCGUUUCGGGUCAUCGACAUUGGUAUAGGUGAGAAGAAGCCACGCGUCUAUACCACAAAUGGGAAGGAAACUGGACGCUAUCUGACUCUAAGUCACUGCUGGGGAAAGGUUAUCCCGCCAAGGAUGACUAAGAAGACUCUUGGUUCCUGGCAACUAUUGCUCCCAGAGGCAGAUUUACCCAAGACAUUUCGUGAUGCGAUAUGGCUCACCAGGGAACUGGGCGAGCGAUUCCUCUGGAUUGACUCAAUCUGCAUCGUCCAGGACGACCCGUCGGAGCUCAGGACACAGAUAGGACUCAUGGGAAACCUAUUCGAGCAAUCCCUCUGCACUAUAGCUGCGGUGGAUGCAAAAGGCUCAGAUGGGUCUCAGGUAGUCGAUUCGGGGCUGUUUGUCAGUGGACCAGACCAUGGUAAGGCUGCCAGGCUCAAGGUCAAAGCAUCUAUAACGACAAGCGACAGUCUUGGAGACAGCAUCAUGGGGACAUGCCAGAACUCAUCGGAGAAGCAUGAGACACAGGAACUAUGCGAAGUGGUCAUACAAGAAGCGGGUAACACGAAGUUUACCUUCCGGCUCCAACUCGAAGACAAGGCAUGGAACUCUCGCGGUUGGGUGUUCCAAGAACGAAAGCUCUCCCGCCGAUGCAUCUUCUUUACCGAAUCUGAGCUCGGCUGGCGAUGCAACCGGUACUGGGAAACAGAGCAGACGGGUAUUCCCGAGUGCCGAAAACCUCAUGGCGAUUUCUUCUUGGAAAGGUCUACAGCGUCUGGCGGUGUAUCUUCUGAUGCCCAAUGCAAUCUUAGAAGGUUAUGGCAGAUCACUGUAGAGCAAUACAGUGUCACAAAAUUGACAUACAACUCGGACAAGCACAAUGCGAUAAUGGGGUUGGAAGAGCGGCUGGCGACACGUUUUGGCUGCAAAUUCCAUCAAGGGAUUAUAGAUUUUGGACAGUGUGAGCACCUUCAUAUGCAGUUGCUCUGGGUUCCAGUUAUUAGUCGUGGUGGGCUAAAUGAUAUCCAAUUCCCGUGCUGGAGCUGGAUGAAUAUUAGUGGAGCAGUCACAUGGCCUCACGAUGAGUAUCUCGUCUUUCCAGAACUCCUGGCACAGAUCGAGUUUAGCCAACCGACAUCAAAGGAGACGAUGCAAGGACUGCAUAUCUCUGGGAUGUUUCCGAGCAUCAGAGUUGGUCAUCGAUUAGGCGACAUUCCUUAUCAUAAGCAACAUGAAAGAUGGACUCCAGACACGCAUUUUGGAUGGUCAGAGUUGGGAAUGCACCCCGACACAAACACGCUCUUGUCUGCAAAGGAGGACCGGAUCAUCGGAUGGGUGGUUCUGGAUGCCCCCCAUGAGCCUGGGGAUAUUUUUGCGCUUCCUCUGCUUAAGAACUUGAGACAAGACGACGAGGAGGAACCGAUGUGUGUUGACUUCUUGGCCAGUAUAAGGGAAUUUGCCAUCGGGUUGGCCGAGGGAGAGUGCUUAAGAGCGUGA